AUGGAUAUGGACAAUGAUACUACAGCUUUUGAGUUUCUCCUUAUUGGAAUCUCUAACUUUCCUGAGUGGAGAGUGACAUUUUUCACUUUGGUGCUGAUAACUUACCUCAGCACAUUGUUGGGAAACGGACUCAUGAUAUUUCUUAUUUAUGUUGACUCCCACCUCCACACACCGAUGUACUUCUUCCUUAGUAACCUGUCUUUCUUGGACCUUUGCUAUGGGACAGUUUCCAUGCCCCAGGCCUUAAUACAUUGUUUCUCUACGCACCCCUACCUCUCCUACCCACGAUGCUUGACUCAGAUGAGUGUCUCUUUGAUCUUGGCCACAGCAGAGUGCCUCCUGCUGGCUGUAAUGGCCUAUGACCGUGUGGUUGCCAUCAGUAACCCCUUGCGCUAUCCUGUGGUCAUGAACGGUCCAGUGUGUGUCUGGUUGGCUGCUACCUCCUGGGGAGCAUCGGUUGUACUCUCUGCAAUGCUUGUCUUAUCCCUGCAACUUCAUUUCUGUGGCGAUAAUGUCAUCAACCAUUUUGUCUGUGAGAUUCUGUCCCUCCUUAAGCUGGCCUGUUCUGACACUAGCCUCAAUGAGCUUAUGAUUCUCAUCACAGCUAUCUUCACCCUACUCCUGCCCUUUGGGUUUGUUCUUCUCUCUUAUAUCCGAAUUGCUGCUGCUGUCCUAAGGAUUCGCUCGGCCCAGAGUAGACUCAAGGCCUUUUCUACUUGUGGCUCUCAUUUAACUGUGGUGACAAUCUUCUAUGGGGCAGCCAUUUCCAUGUACAUGAAACCUCAGACCAAGUCAUCCCCUGACCAGGACAAGUUUAUCUCAGUGUUUUAUGGGGCUUUGACACCCAUGCUGAACCCCUUAAUAUAUAGCUUGAGGAACAAAGAUGUGAAAGGGGCAAUAAAGAAAGUUAUGGCAAAAAAGGUAUAG